CCUGAAGACAGCAGGACUCGCCUGCAGAGAGCUCGACUGUGGCUCUGCUGUUUCUGUGGGAUGGAGAGUGGAGUCCUCAUGGAGGUAUAUGUGGUACAUCAGAUCUGACUGUCUUGAGUCUGGAUCUGCUCUGAGGGAGUGUGCAGCAGCAUCAUAUUCCUCUAAACACAUCCUGAAUCUCACCUGCUCAGACUCUGUCAGGCUGCUGGGGGGGACUGGUCUGUGCUCAGGCAGACUGGAGGUGAACUCUGACCCGUCUAACCCGUCUAACCCGUCCUGGUCCUCAGUGUGUGAGGCUGACUUUGACCAGCAGGAUGCUCAGGUGGUCUGCAGGCAGCUGGGCUGUGGGGCUCCUUCAGUCCUCCAGGGGGCGCUCUAUGGAGAAGGGGAGGCUCCAAUGGGGACCAAAGAGUUCCAGUGUGGAGGCCAUGAGUCUGCUCUCCUGGACUGUAGCUCAGCCUCAGAGAGAAACACCUGCUCACCUGGCACAGCUGUUAGCCUCACCUGCUCAGAGCCGGUCAGACUGGUGGAAGGAGAGAGUCGCUGUGCGGGAGACCUGGAGCUGGAACAUCUGGGAGAAUGGAGACCAGUGUGGAGGUUUACUCUUUCUGGACCCUGAAAGGCAGCAGGAGUCGCCUGCAGAGAGCUGGACUGUGGCUCUGCUGUUUCUGUGGGAGAGAGAAAGGAGUCCUCAGAGAGAUCUGUGUGGGUGGAUCAGAUCUGACUGUGUUGAGUCUGGAUCUGCUCUGAGGGAGUGUGCAGAAUCAUAUUCCUCUAAACACAUGCUGAAUCUCACCUGCUCAGGUAAACCCAUCAGUGACAUCAUCAGUGAC